CUCAAGCUCGCUAUUUACCAACGUAGUAUGGCAGUACACAUUCCAAUAUAACUAUAGUUCAGUGGUCUGUAUUCAUUUCGACAGAAAAAUGGCGGAUUGUAAAGAGAGUACAGAGAAAACCGAUCAUCCACCACUUGUUCUGAAAGUCGAUCCACCUGAGGAGCCACCAAAAGACAAUACUGAGGGAGAUUCAAUGAACAGUAAUUCAGCCAUGCUAGCUGACUGGAAUACACAUACUAAUAAUGAAUCAGAAAGUCUUGCAGUGGAACCAAAUGAUCAGAAAUCUGAAUCUAUAGCUAGUAAGCCUCCUAAUAAAAAACAUUGUUCUGUGUUAGCUGCUUCAAAAUUUGGGAAUUUAUUUGGCGUUAAUGAAUUCUCAAGUUCUGUACCUAAUAAAUCAAAGUCAUCUAUAUUAAGGCCGUCGCAAUUAAGCGCUGUCACCAAUAAUUCAACAAGUGUUACUGACAAGUCUGUUUUGCAACCUGCAAAGUUUCACAAUCCAUUUACAAAAGUUACCAAUAAUUCUAUAGAAGAGGAUGAGUCUUUAACAAAAAACAAUAAAACUGAAACGAGUAAAGAUUCUAAAAGUGAAGAAAAGCCUACAGAAGACACAAAACCAAAAUUCUUACCUCUGGGUGCAAGUACAAAAGAGAACGAAAAUAAUGUAAAUAGUACUGUAGCACCUAGUGCUUCUACUCCUAGCUUUGUGUUUGGUCAGAAUUUAAAGGAACGUGUCACUGUUUCAAAUGAUACAGAAAGUUCAGAUAAUUCUGAGAAAGAAGAGGUGAAAAACGAAGAAAGUAAUGAGAAUGGAUCUUCUGAACUUUUAUUUUCAAAUGCAGCUACAAAUUGUCGUACCACAGUGAGACCAAGUUUAACAUUAACUCAGGCGGCACAAGUAUUGGAGGAGGCUAAUCGUGCAAACAAGAGAAAAUAUAAUCAAGUAACAUUAUUAACUGGUGAAGAAGGAGAAACAAACAUUCUUCAAAUUAAUUGCAAACUAUUUGCAUUUGAUAAGACCAGUAGUAGUUGGCAGGAAAGAGGGAGAGGUACACUGAGACUUAACGAUCGGGACGAUGAAUCCCGUUUAGUUGGUCGCACUGCUGGAACACAAAGAUUAAUUCUGAAUACGAAAGUGUGGCCUGGUAUGACCGCGGAACGGGCUGGACUUAAAUCAUUAAGGCUAACUGCAAUGGAUGUUCACGGAGAUAUUCGAAUUUUUAUUGUCCAAGCGGCACCUAAAGAAGUCGAUCAAUUGCACAAUCUUCUGUUGCAACGACUUAAACGUGCACAGGAACGCCACCCUAAAAAAUUAGCUACAGACCACUGACGACCAAUCUGUAAUUCUUGCGAAGCGAGUGCUUUCGUUAGCUUUAUUUAUGCAACAUAGAGAUCAUGUAAGAAGAGCUGGUCCUUUAAAAAUACAAGGCUCUAUCUAUGAUGCACACAAUAGAAUGGCUAUGUUUUGUGCUUCCUUCCGAAGCUGCAGUUCUCGGCGAUUUGACACCAGUUUAGUGGGAAGAAAACAAGGAAGAUUAAGUCACGAUGCGUGUGCAAGUUGAUUCUCUUGUAAAUUGAUAUUUUUAAUCUCUUUCUCGCGAACACAAAAUCUUUUUUACAAUCAUUUCCAAUUGAUAAUUUUUCAUUUGAAAUUUAAUAUUUCUUCAAUCAGGGUGUCUACCUAGAAAUCUUAGAAUUCUUUUCUGCCCGAGAAAUCAGAAAUUCUUAGAAAAUUUUAUCAAGAAAUUUUGUAUAAAUUAUUGAAUCCUAUAUGAUUUUGCUUUUAUAUUAUGAUUUAAGAGGUUGAUCAUAAUAUCAAAGUCUUCCCUCUUUUUCCAGUAUGUUUCCAAACUUAAUAUUUAAAAAUUGGAUUUUAAGUUAUUCUUUAUGAAUAGGAAGUAUUAAGUUUGUACAACGAACAAAUUUAUUUUAAAUUCGAAAAUUGAUUGAAAGUGCCUGGAAAAUAGAUUAAUUUUUUCUUACGUUUAAUUAGUCACCCUGUAAGUAAAGAUAUAUUUGUUAUAAAAAGUAGAUGGAAAUUUUGAACAGAAAAAGGCUAUAAAAACCAAAGUGUGGACGUCGGAGUGCAAAAUAUUAUUAAUCAAUAUAAAAUUACCAAAACGUUUGGACCCAAUUUUAGACCAUCAUCAGUCUGAUAGGAUUGUAAACGGUAUGAUGAUAAAAUGCGUAAAUAACAUACAAAAUGUUUUGGUAAUUCUAUAUCGGUAUCACUACUUCGUAUUAAUUGAUAAUACAUUUUUUUGCGCCCUGAAUCCGCGCUUUGGUUCUUACUUCUUUUUUUCCAUUAACUUUUUUUGAACAGUAUAACGUAAUUUCAAUGAUACAUUAGUCACUAUUACAUAUAAUAUCAAUUAUAUGUAACAAAAUUGCAAAACAAAUAGCAAUUUACUUUUCGAAAUAAUUUUUUAUAUAUUUUAGUAAGUUUAUGUUUACAUUGUGAAUCAUGCGAGUUUUUGCAGUAAACAUUUUUCUUUUUCAAAGGUGAUGUAUUGCAUUAAUCAAUCAUAAAUUUGAACAAAUAGUUUGCGUUUAUAUUUUAUUAUUAAGAAAUGCAUAAAGAUGGCUGGAGAGAAACGUGUUAUAUUUAUGUAGCAUGUAUUAUUGCCGUUACUUGUACUUUAACUUGUAUUUAGCAAAAGAUUCGUGGAAAUGUACAAUACGACGGCAUUAUAUAAUAUUACAAUGAUAUAAAUAAUAAUAAUAAUGAUA